GCCGCCACCGCGCGCCCCGGCUGCGAGCCCGGCUCGGACCCCGCGGCCACCUGCGUGGACCUGCAGCUCAGGACCUGUGCAGAUGCCAUGUACAACCGGACGGCUUUCCCCACGCCUCUGCAGCACCGGUCACGGGAGGCGGUGGAGUUCAGCUCCGAGUACAUCCUGCUGGGCGUCCUGCACCACCUUCUGGAGGGCCAGUGCAACCCUGACCUGCGGCUGCUGGGCUGUGCCGUGCUAGUCCCCCGGUGCGAGGGUGGCCGCACACGCAGACCCUGCCGGCAUGUCUGCGAGGGCCUGCGGGAGGCCUGCCUGCCGGCCUUUGAUGCCAUUGACAUGGCCUGGCCCUACUUCCUGGACUGUGCCCGCUACUUCGCACGGAAGGAGGACGGCUGCUAUGACCCCCUGGAGCAGCUUCGGGGAGACCUGGAGGUGGAGGAAGCGCUGCCCUCGGGUGUUCCGCCCACCUUCAUCCACUUCGCCCACCACUCCUACACACAGAUGGUACGGGUGCUGAAGCGGACAGCAGCCCGCUGCCCCCAGGUGGCGAAGACCUAUAGCAUCGGGCGCAGCUUCGACGGCAAGGACCUGCUGGUCAUUGAGUUCUCAAGUCGCCCUGGCCAGCAUGAGCUGUUGGAACCUGAGGUGAAGCUCAUCGGUAACAUUCAUGGCAACGAGGUGGCAGGAAGGGAGAUGCUUAUCUACCUGGCCCAGUACCUGUGCUCUGAGUACCUGCUGGGCAACCUCCGCAUCCAGCGCCUGCUCAACACUACCCGCGUCCACCUGCUGCCCUCCAUGAACCCCGAUGGCUACGAGGUGGCCGCUGCAGAGGGUGCUGGCUACAACGGGUGGACGAGUGGGAGGCAGAACGCACAGAACUUGGACCUGAACCGCAACUUCCCGGACCUGACGUCCGAGUACUACCGGCUGACCGCCUCCCGCAGUUUGCGUGGUGAUCACAUCCCCAUCCCGCCGCACUACUGGUGGGGUAAGGUGGCCCCUGAGACAAAGGCCAUCAUGAAGUGGGUGCGGUCCAUCCCCUUUGUGCUCUCGGCCAGCCUCCACGGGGGUGACCUGGUGGUGUCCUAUCCCUUCGACUUCUCCAGACAUCCCCUGGAGGAGAAGAUGUUUUCUCCCACACCUGAUGAGAAGAUGUUCAAGCUGCUGUCCAGAGCCUACGCCGACGUCCACCCCAUGAUGAUGGACAGGUCGGAGAACAGAUGUGGGGGCAACUUUCUGCAACGGGGCAGCAUCAUCAACGGAGCCGACUGGUACAGCUUCACGGGAGGCAUGUCUGACUUCAACUACCUGCACACCAACUGCUUCGAGAUCACCGUGGAGCUGGGCUGCAUGAAGUUUCCCCCGGAGGAGGCCCUUUACGGGCUCUGGCAGCACAACAAGGAGCCGCUGCUGAACUUCAUGGAGAUGGUACACCGAGGCAUCAAGGGGGUGGUGAUGGACAAAUUCGGCAAGCCUGUCAAAAACGCCCGCAUCUUAGUUAAAGGCAUCCGCCACGACAUCAGCACAGCCCCGGAUGGCGACUACUGGAGACUGCUGCCCCCAGGGUCUUAUGUGGUCAUUGCCCAAGCCCCAGGCUACUCCAAGGUCGUGAAGAGAGUCGUCAUCCCCCUCCGGAUGAAGAGGGCAGGCCGCGUGGACUUCAUUCUUCAGCCUCUAGGGACAGGACCCAAGAAAUUCCUUCCUGCAUUUCGGAGAACUACUUCUGGGUCCCAGGACCCACUGGGAGGUCCCAGGCCUUGGGGGGAGACCACGGAGCUGGACCUUGAGCCCCCCGGGGCACGCAGGCAGCCCUCAGCUGGUGGGAGCAAGCCGUGGUGGUGGUCCUACUUCACGUCACUGAGUCCCCACAGGCCACGCUGGCUGCUCAAGUACUAG